UGCCGCCGCUCUCUUCCAGUUCACGUCGACGACUCCAUGGCUCUUGGGCGGAUCCUGCGGCCGGUCAUCGCCGUCGCGCUGUUCCUCCUCUUCCUCCGGUUGCCGCCGCGGGCGACGGGGCAGAGGCCGGAGGUCGUUACCGCGAGGCACGGCGCCGUGGCCACCGAUGACCGACGCUGCUCCAGGGUCGGGAGGGACGUCCUCCGAGAGGGCGGCCACGCAGUGGACGCCGCCGUCGCCGCUGGCCUCUGCCUGGGCGUCGUCAGCCCCGCGUCCAGCGGCGUUGGCGGGGGCGCCUUCAUGCUCGUGAGGGCGGCCAGCGGGAGAGCGCACGCCUUCGAUUCGAGGGAGACUGCUCCCUUGGCGGCCUCCGAGAACAUGUAUGCUGGCAAUGCUGCAGCAAAAGCAAGUGGUGCCCUUUCGGUAGCUGUUCCCGGAGAAAUUGCAGGAUUUUAUGAGGCUUGGAAACAAUAUGGAAAGCUUCCGUGGAAGAGGCUGGUAAUGCCAGCAGCAAAUAUUGCUGAAAAAGGAUUCAGAAUAUCUCCUUACUUAUAUAUGCAGAUGAAUAGAACAAAAUUAGGCAUUUUUACUGAUAAAGGACUGCGUGAUAUUUUCACAUUAAAUGGAAGAAGCCUUUUGCAGCAAGGAGAUGUGUGUCAUAACAAAAGACUUGCACAUACUCUGAAAGCUAUUUCAGACCACGGGCCAGAUGUGCUUUAUAAUGGUCCCAUCGGAAUUAAACUAAUUAGAGAUAUUAAGAAGUCUGGAGGCAUAUUAACGAUUAAAGAUUUACAGAGAUAUCAAGUAAAAGUGAAGGAGCCAAUCUCUUCUGAAAUCCUGGGGUUAAACAUCUUGGGCGUGCCACCCCCUUCAUCUGGUGGUGCUGGACUGAUACUUAUAUUAAAUAUUCUUGCUCAAUAUGGAAUUCCAUCAGGUGUUUCUGGCUCUCUUGGACUUCAUCGGUUUAUUGAAUCACUGAAGCACAUGUUUGCGGUGAGAAUGAACCUUGGGGAUCCUGACUUUUACAAUGUUACGGCAGUUCUUUCCGAUAUGCUCUCUCCAAAGUUUGCAGAAGAUUUAAAGAAAACCAUCAAUGACAACAAGACAUUUCCUCCUAACUAUUAUGGAGGAAGGUGGAAUCUGAUCAAUGAUCAUGGAACCAGUCACUUGAGCAUUGUUGAUAGUGACCGAAAUGCUGUUUCAAUGACCAGUACUGUCAACUCAUACUUUGGGUCACAGAUUUUAUCACCUAGUACGGGAAUAUUGCUUAACAAUGAGAUGGAUGAUUUUUCCAUCCCCAAUAGUUCUUCUGCUAAUAUUCCACCACCAGCUCCAGCAAACUUUAUUAGACCAUUGAAAAGACCAUUAUCUUCCAUGAGCCCUACAAUUGUUGUCAAGGAUGGGCAAUUGAAGGCUGUGGUGGGUGCGAGCGGAGGAGCCAUGAUCAUUGCUGCGACUGCUGAAAUAUUGCUGAACCAUUUCGCACAGAGGAUGGAUCCAUUAUCUUCAGUUUUAGCUCCACGAUCUUAUCACCAGCUGAUACCAAAUGUGGUUCAGUACGAGAACUGGACGACGGUAACAGGCGACCACUUUGAAGUUCCUGCUGCAACAAGAGCAGCCCUGCAGAAGAAGGGCCAUGUCCUACAAGCCCUUUCUGGAGGCACGAUUUGCCAGUUUAUCGUUGUGCGCAGCAGCCUAGAGAAGUCGGCAACAGUUGGAGGUGAGCUCACUGCUGUUAGUGACCCAAGAAAAGGUGGUUUGCCGGCUGGUUAUUAAAUGAUGAUGCAUAUGAUGAUUCCUCGAGCAAGCAAAGAAGUGCUAAUCUUCGUUACCAAUUUACAGCUCAGUAGGAGAGUUGUGAUUGCUUGAUUCUCAAUUAUAGACAUUUUCUUAGUUACCUUAUUUGAAUAAUAGAAGAUUUGCACCAUAUGCAUAAUCCCUUCAGAGCUU